AUGAUGAAGAAGCUUAAAGGUAUAAUCACGUCUGGGACUACAAAGCUGGAAAAAUUCGCAAGCAGGGUGAAGAAUAAAUUGGCUUUCAACAACCAGAAAGGCACCGAAGACAGCGUAGCGAACCUCGGUGUCGGAGCGUCGGCGGGAGGCGAAACCCAAAAAGCUACUGAAGACGGCAUAGCGAAGCUCGGUGUCGGAGCAAUGGAGUCGAAACGUACAGACACCGCGCUGGCUCAAUCUGUGACCACCAUCAACAAUAAAAGACCUGAGCUGAACGAGGAGGCAUUUCGCACAGCACUGACCGCUCAGAAUGGCGAUGAUGCCCUGACCAAGCUACUGGUAGAAGCACAAAGCCCAGGCGCAUCGCAUGCUGCUACGACGGUUAAAGCCAUCCAGUUCGAUAACUGGGUUACUCAAAAGAAAACGGCGGGAGAUAUCUACAACCUCCUGAAGCUAAAUGUUGAAGAUGUUGAUGUUUUGGCAAACCCAUUGCUGCCCACCUGGAUCUCGUUCGUGAAGACCAAGCUCAAGGAGGAUCCGUACGAUUUCUUGCUGCUCAAACUGGCAAAGCAGUACGAAGAAGACGCACUACAUAAAAGGCUGAUGGCAGCCAGCACUACGGCCAGUACGAGAGAUAUUGCUAAAGGUUUGGAGUUUGCGCAGAUAAAGAAAUGGCUGACCACAGGAAAAGCGGAAGAUGACGUCUUGAAGAUUUCACUUGUACCUGCCGACAAGGAGCUCGGGCUCUUGAAGCACCCAGCUCUACAAACCUUUAUCUCCUACGCGACUAAGCACCAUACACUGGAUCCGUAUGAGUUUUUGGUACUCAAGUUGGCGAAGAGGCACGGCGAAGAAGAACUACCUAAAAUGCUAGUUAGGGCGAAGUCCGACUCCGAUUUGGUAUCCAUGGCUGUGAAGUUGGAAUCGACGCAGUUUAAAAUCUGGAAGGAGAAAGGUAAAACGAGCGAUGACGUUUUUAAGAUGCUUCGUCUAGACAUUGACCAGAGUAUCGACACACUGAAGAGCCCAGGCCUAGUUUCAUGGUUCUUUAUGCACAAGGAGGAAGCAGACAACGUGAUGUCGUCGGUGAUGACGAAAUAUUACGACGAUGAAACACUGAAGAAGAUGGUUACCCACAGCUCGAUAACAGGGAAUCUUAAAGCCACGGCAGCACAAGUGGCGUCUGCACUGUGGUUGCGCGAAGGAAUGCCAGCACACGAGGCUUUUAAGCUGUUGAGGCUAAGCGGGAAAGGCGACAACGCUUUAUCGGAUCCCGCAUUUGGUACAUGGGUCUCAUACUUUAACAAGUUGCAACGCAAGAAGAUGAAUCAAGACGACUUCUCCCACGCCACACGCGGAAGUUAG